AUGCUCCUCCUUAUCUAUACCGGCUGUCGACCCGCCAAGUUGGUUGAUGCAGCCAAAGGGAAAAUUGCUAUUGGUCGCGAUCAAACAUAUGAAGACGACAAUUGGGAUGAUGAAUCUCUCUGUUAUGAAGAUAUCCGUCUUUGGAUUGUCCGAAAUCCUAUUUUUGGAGAACGCGAUCUCCUCGGAAUAGAGAUCACUCUUGCUCAUCACAAAGGAGCUGAUAGGAAACCCAAACUGACUAUAUUCCUUUUUCACGAAGAAGCUUUACCAAUUCUUUGUCCUGUUAGCCAUAUCUUAGCUAUUGCCAUCAGGGAUAAUGCAAUCAAGGUAGACGGAUUUAUUCACGCCGAACCAUUUUUUACAAGCAAUCUACAAGACCCUACAAAAGCAGUUCUAGUGCAUUGGAAGCUAGAGAAACUCAAAAUACCGAUCUUUCGGCAGGCGGUAUGGACAUUUGAUGGUCUAUCAACAUCAGAAUAUAAGGCCUUCGUUACUCGACCUUUGCCUAUUACCUUGACCAUCUUGACUGGGCUGCCGGAUUUGCACAGAAACUAA